UUAAACCAAACGUAUCACUCCUAAUUAUUGAUCUUUUAUUUUACUCCACAUCAUAUCACUUUUGAUUUAUUACUCCGUAUCACUUUUGGUCUUUAUUCUUUUCCGUAUCAUUUUUUAUUUAGUGCUCUAUAUUACUUUUGAUUUAUUACUAUGUAUCAUUAAUACACGAACCGAAAAAAAAAAUAAAAAAUUAAAAUUUAUACCCCAUAUGCAAGGCAGAAAAUUUGGGUAUUAUUUCAAACCCAAAAAAAAAAAAAAAAAAAAAAAAUUAAAAAAAGAACCAUAAAAAUAGAGCACAAAAUGCCAAGUUAUAUCUGAGCCUUAAAUCUCCACCCUUCCUUCCUUAUCAUACCCACCUCCUCUGUUUUCAAUCUCCCAUUUACAAUUUUAUUUAACUCCCCUGUUUUUCUGUCCCACCAAUUUUUCUCCUCUCGUUCUCUCUCUAAAAAUUCAAUGCUCAACUUCAUUUUCAAAUUUAGUUUUUCUGCUACUUCUUAAACUCCUAUCUUAUCCUACUUAAAACCUUUUACUGAAUUUUUGCUCUGUUUUACUAUUCCCCUGUUUUUUGGGCUUUGGAAUUUGUACUUUCUGGAAAAGUUUACAAUUUUAUAAGAAAUGGCACCCAAAAAUGGAAGAGGAAAGAGCAAAGGAGACAAGAAGAAGAAAGAAGAGAAAAUUCUUCCAGUUGUAAUGGAUAUCACAGUGAACCUUCCCGAUGAGACUAGUGUAGUCUUAAAGGGAAUAUCCACAUAUAGAAUCAUCGAUAUCCGCAAGCUUCUCUCAGUCAACACCAUGACUUGCAACAUCACCAAUUUUUCCUUAUCACAUGAGGUGAGGGGCCCACGUCUAAAAGACACGGUGGACGUUGCAGCUCUUAAACCCUGCACUCUCACACUCCUUGAAGAGGCGUACGAUAAGGAAAGUGCAGCUGCGCACGUUAGAAGACUACUCGACAUUGUAGCUUGCACAACAAGCUUCGGGCCUUCUGCGAGCGCCAAAGAAGGGGCGAAAAGUGAGGAUGCUAAAAAUGCGCGUGGUGCGCUGGUUAAGACUUCGUCGGCGUCGAAGAAGUCCGGCAAUAAGUCGAAUUCCGGCAAACAAUUGCCGGCGCCGGCGACGGAGGAUUUUUCCGGAAAAUCUUCGACGAAAGAUGAUGUUUCGAUGAUGAUUGACGGUGAGGGAGAGACGAAUAAUUCGUGCCCUAAGCUUGGUAGCUUUUACGAGUUCUUCUCUCUUGCUCAUCUCUCUCCUCCUCUUCAAUUUAUUCGAAGGGCUUCAAAGCAGACUGAUGAUCAGGUUUUGGAGGAUGAUCAUCUUUUUUUCAUGGAUGUUAAGCUGUGCAAUGGCAAGGUGGUUCUUGUUGAGGCUUGUAAGCGAGGUUUCAUCAGUAUCGGGAAGCAUCGUGUUCUCAGUCACAACCUUGUUGAUCUUCUAAGACAACUAAGUAGAGCUUUUGAUAAUGCUUAUGAUGAGCUCAUGAAAGCUUUUUCAGAGCGCAACAAGUUUGGUAAUCUGCCGUAUGGCUUCAGAGCCAAUACAUGGCUCAUUCCUCCGUCUGCAACACAUUCACUUUCGACAUUUCCCCCUCUUCCUGUAGAGGAUGAAACUUGGGGUGGUAAUGGUGGCGGUUGGGGAAGAGAUGGAAAAAGUGAUCUGAUACCUUGGGCAAAUGAAUUCCGUUUUGUUGCAUCAAUGCCUUGUAAGACUCCUGAAGAGAGGCAAUUACGGGAUAGAAAGGCUUUUCUUAUUCAUAGCUUGUUCGUAGAUGUAGCAAUUUUUAGGGCAAUUUCUACCUUGCAAUAUGUAAUGGAGAAAAUGAGGGUGAUUAACUCAACUGUCAAUGACGAGAUUAUUCAUGCUGAGAAAGUUGGCGAUUUGAACAUCACUGUCGUGAAGGAUGUUGCUCUUGCUAGCAGUAAGCUGGACACUAAAAUUGAUGGGCUUCGUGCCACCGGUUUGGAUCAGAGGGCGCUAACGGAGAAGAACCUGCUAAAAGGAAUUACGGCAGAUGAGAAUACUGCUGCUCAUGAUAUCAGCAGUUUAGGCUCUGUAAAUCUGAGGUAUGCUGGUUACAUUGUCACGGUGAGGGUUGAAGUCAAAGAGGAUGCAGCAGUGGAUUCAUUGUCACCUAGCAUAGAAGCUUUUGAUCAGCCAGAAGGCGGUGCAAAUGCACUCAAUAUUAACAGUUUAAGACUGUUGCUUCAUAAGGGAGCAGCUACAGAUAAUCACAAAUGGGUAACUCAAUCAGAUCUGUCUGAGAGUCAAAGACUCAACACAGCUCAAGCUUUUGUGGAGAAACUAUUGGAUGAUAGUCUUGCCAAGCUUCAGGUAGAGAACACGAAGCAAGAUAAUUACGUGAGAUGGGAGCUAGGAGCGUGUUGGAUUCAACAUCUUCAGGAUCAAAAAAGUUCAGAGAAAGACAAGAAACCUUCUGCUCCUAAGGCGAAGAAUGAGAUGAAGGUCGAGGGGUUGGGAAUGCCCCUUAGAUCUCUCAAGAACAAGAAAUCAGAAGGAAAUUCUCAAGUAAAUUUUGAUAAAGCACCUUUAAAUUCAAGCAGUGCUUUUUCUGUGUCCUCAACUGAAGCACAGUCCAACACCAGUCCAAGUGAGAAUGAGCUUGCUCUCAAAACUAUCUUGUCAGACGCAGCUUUCAGUCGUUUAAAAGAAUCAGAUACAGGAUUGCACCUGAAGUCUUUGCCAGAACUAAUUGACCUCUCCCAGAAAUAUUAUGACGAAGUUGCUCUGCCUAAGCUGGUAGCAGAUUUUGGCUCAUUAGAACUCUCACCUGUCGAUGGACGAACACUAACUGAUUUUAUGCAUACAAGAGGUCUCCGAAUGAAUUCGCUUGGACGUGUUGUGAAGUUGUCGGAAAAGCUGUCUCAUGUUCAGUCUCUCUGUAUCCAUGAGAUGAUUGUUCGAGCUUAUAAGCACAUUCUCCAAGCAGUGAUUGCUUCUGUUGAUACUGACGAGGUGGCUGUGACUGUUGCUUCAGCUUUAAAUUUAAUGCUGGGGGCUCCUGAGACUGUUGAUUCAGAAAAAUCACACAAUGUCCACUCCCUGGUAUGGAGAUGGCUGGAAAUAUUCUUGAUGAAGCGAUAUGACUGGGAUAUCAAUGGUUUUAACUUCAAAGAUCUGAGGAAAUUCGCCAUUCUACGUGGACUCUGUCAAAAGGUGGGUCUUGAAUUAGUUCCAAGGGAUUAUGAUAUGAAUUCUCCCAAUCCUUUCCGUAAAACAGAUAUCGUUAGCCUGACACCUGUCCACAAGCAAGCAGCAUGUUCAUCUGCUGAUGGCAGACAGCUUUUGGAGUCCUCAAAAACAGCUUUAGAUAAAGGAAAGCUUGAAGAUGCAGUUAAUUAUGGGACAAAGGCUUUAGCGAAGCUGGUAGCAGUUUGUGGUCCCUACCAUCGAAUGACUGCAGGUGCUUACAGUCUCCUUGCUGUGGUUUUGUAUCAUACUGGAGAUUUUAACCAGGCUACAAUCUACCAGCAAAAUGCUUUGGACAUCAAUGAGAGGGAAUUGGGUCUCGAUCAUCCUGACACAAUGAAAAGCUAUGGAGAUUUAGCUGUUUUCUAUUACCGCCUUCAGCAUACGGAAUUGGCUCUUAAAUAUGUCAAGCGUGCAUUGUAUCUAUUACAUCUUACAUGCGGUCCAUCUCAUCCUAACACCGCUGCCACAUACAUCAAUGUGGCAAUGAUGGAGGAAGGCCUUGGAAAUGUGCAUGUUGCUCUUAGAUACCUCCACAAGGCUCUGAAGUGUAACCAAAGGUUACUUGGACCAGAUCACAUUCAGACAGCAGCAAGUUAUCAUGCCAUUGCUAUUGCACUUUCAUUAAUGGAAGCAUAUUCUUUAAGUGUUCAGCAUGAGCAGACAACCCUGCAAAUUCUUCGGACUAAGCUAGGGCCUGACGAUUUACGCACACAGGAUGCUGCUGCUUGGCUUGAGUAUUUUGAAUCAAAGGCUUUUGAACAGCAAGAGGCUGCCAGAAAUGGGACAAGGAAACCUGAUGCAUCUAUAGCAAGCAAAGGUCAUCUGAGUGUCUCAGACUUGCUUGACUACAUAAAUCCGAGUCCUGAUUCGAAAGGGAGAAAUUCAAUGUCAGUCAAGAGAAAAAGCUAUUUUGUGAAGGUCCAAGAGAAAGCUAACCAGGUUUCCAGCAAACCCACCCUCGAGGUUUCUUCUCCAAAGGACAUAGAUCCCCUUAUUUCAGAGGGUGAUAAUGAACCUGAAAGCAUUAAUGGUGAAGCUGAGUCUGAUGUUACUUCUGAUGCAGAAAAAUUGGCAGAUGUUACUUUAGAGCCUGUUCAGCCUGUUGUGCCUGUGUCUGAACCUGCACAAGAGAAGCAGCCUGUCUCUUCAAAUAAAGUGUCACCUGAAACCAAUAUUGAAACCGAGAAUGGGUGGCAGCCUGUCCAACGGCCAAGAUCAGCUGGGGGACACGGUCGUCGUGUAAGACAGCGGCGUGCAACAAUUGGCAAAGUAUAUGGUUAUCAAAAGAAAGAAGUUGAAAGUGAUCCAGCCAGACUUAAUAAUUCUCUCCAAAAUACUAACUAUUACGUGUUGAAGAAACGUGCAUUGUCACCUGCUAGUUACAUGGAUCAGCAUAUUGCUAAAAAUGCUUCCCAAGUCAGCAAAUUUGGGAGAAGAAUUGUCAAAGCUGUUACUUACAGGGUUAAGUCUGUGCCUUCCUCUGCCAAAGAUGAAUCUCAGGAGGUCUCUAGCAGAGAAAGUGAAUCUGGACAAAGUCUUGAGAAGCCCACAAUAGUUAGGCUGGGCAAGUCUCCUUCCUAUAAGGAUGUUGCAGUUGCACCUCCAGGGACAAUUUCUAUACUGCACGCCAGUGUUCCCCAAAAUGAUAGUCCAAAUGAAGGUGAGGCUAUUGUAGAGAAAUGUGAAGCUGCUGUAAGCAGUGAUUUUAGAGAAAUUGUUGCCUCUGAAAAGGCAGAUGUCGAAGUAGACAAUGUUAAAGAGGUUAAUGAAUGUUCACUUUCAAAUUCCAAGGAGUCCUCACCAGGACAGCAGGAUAUGGAAGAAAGUCGAUCAGCUGGUGCCAUGGUGCCUUCUACUGGUGACAAGGCUGAGAGUGAUUCCAUUGACAUCCAUGAAGUGUUACCUGAGAACGAGUCUGUAAAUAAUGUGACGAAGAAUUCAAUGAGUGCUUCAAAAGAUGUGAAGUUUGAGAUGGACAUAACUUGUGGCAUUCAUACAAAACAUAAUGCUGUAACUCCUCCCUUGCAAGGAGAGGAGCAUUUGGAAGACAAACCCAUGGUUGCUAGUGAUGCACCAGAUAUCCCCAGCAAGAAGUUGUCUGCUUCUGCUGCACCAUUUAACCCAUCACCAGCUAUUGCACGGUCUGCUCCCUUGCCUCUGAACAUGAAUCUUCCUUCUGGUCCAGGUGCUGUUCCAGCUGUAGGUCCUUGGCCUAUGAACAUGACUCUCCACCCUGGAACUGCUCCAGUAAUGCCAGCUGUUAAUCCUUUGUGCUCCUCACCUCAUCACCCAUACCCAUCUCCACCAACUACACCAAAUAUUAUACAACAGGUGCCGUUCAUGUACCCUCCUUACAGUCAAGCUCAGCCUAUACCACCCAACAGCUUUCCUCCAAGUGGAAAUCAUUUCCAUCGCAAUCAUUAUGUAUGGCAGUGCAACAUGAAUCCCGGCACCGUUUGGCCUGGUUGCCGCCCAGUUGAGUUCUCUGUAAUUCCACCUGUGGCUGAACCAAUAUGUGAACCUAUAUCAGAGCAAAAGGCUCAAUCUCCAAGUUCUGAGAGCAGCCAAGGUUUGGCCCCUCUUCUGCCUGAUGAUAUUGGUAGUGGCGAGGAGGCAAAGAAAGAAGUGGUGUUUUCCAUGCCAGAGGUGGUACAUGAUGCAGAUAAGUUGGCUUGGAUUGGUUUGGAGAAUGAGAAGCAGAAAGAGGAUCCAACUUCUUGUGUGGAUAUAAAGGGGACAACGUCAGUGUGUAAUGAGUCUGAUGACAUCCCCAAGGAAAAGUCUGAAGACAGUGCUGAGGUUCCUAAAUCUAAUCAUCGUGUGGAAGAUGAUGAAAGAACUUUCAGCAUUUUAAUUCGAGGAAAAAGAAACCGAAAGCAAACUCUAAGAGUGCCGUUAAGUUUGCUUAGAAGACCUCAUUGUUCACAGUCAUUCAAAAUUGCAUACAGCAGAGUUUUGCGAGACAGUGAAACUUCCAGGCCCUUGUCAUCAUGUGAAAGUAAUGUAGCAACAUGAGGGAAUAGUUACAUUUUGCUGCAGUUUCAGGAAAAGGGCUAUGGGAAAAAAUAUAUGUUCCAAUAUGCAGUGUAGCUGUGUAGAUGUCUCAGAUUACAUCGAGCUUUACUGGUCCUUUCUGUGCUAUCACUGCUAUUGGGCUCGAAAUGUCUUUUGAGAGGUUAAAAGGUCUUUAUUGGGAGACUUCUGUUAAGGUGCAAGGUGGCUUUUUUUACCCUCAAAAAUGAAGAAUGCUUGACAAUGUGAUGUAUACUGAAGAUAAAAAUUCAUAGAUUUUGAUUUGCAGAAUGCACAAAAAAAUUCGAUUAUGAUUAUUGCAAGGUUUUGAUAGUGAUUGAUACAAUUUUGUUCACCUGUGUAUACUGACUGCUUCAGCUUUGUAUUGACAAGGUAUUGACAUUUUGCUCUUCUCCCAGUCAACGAAUCUGUUUUCUUCCCUUCCCCCCUUUGUGACAUUAUACCAUGAUAUUAAAGUUGCAUUGCCUCAUGAAUAAAGUACAAGUAUUUCUUCCUUCA